ACCUGCACCAACGACACAGGAAAGAAGCCGCCCGUAUCUCUCACGGUUUCACCGCAAAAACGAAUCAUUCUCCGAGACAUGAAUUGACGUUGCGACUCCUACCUUGGACCUUCAGCAAAGAACCUGCCGAUCUACUCUGUACCCAUCGUUAUCGCUUCUGGUCCUGAUUGUCCCUCCGAUGCGCCGGCUACAAUAGCAGUUCACCUGGCCUCGAUGCCGACGAUGGCAGAGAUCGCUAGCGACCGCGCUGUCGACCCUGACGCGCAGGCUGCCGUGACGGAUUUCCUCGACUAUACUGAAUAUCUCCCUUCCGAUCUCAUUCGCUCUCUGACCCUCAUCCGCGGCCUCGAUGACACUUAUCUAAACAAUUCUCUAGUGCUCCAUAACCUCACCAAGCUCUAUGGCUCUCUCCCAAACCUUGCGCCUCCCUCCCGCCCGAAUGCCCAAGAACUCCGCGGUCAAAUAUCCACGAGUCUGGAUCAAGCCCUGAACGCUCGGGAAUCUGCGUAUGCAGAAGCCUGUCGUAUGUUCGACGUCGUGGAUCGACAUCAGAACAGAUUGAAAAGCAUCAUCGCCAAAUUGAAUGCCAUACCAAAGCCUCCAUCGCGGGAUCCAACUCCUCAGCCAACACCCUCCACGCAGGUCAAGCGGUCUCGGAGCGGAAGAAAGAUUGAUGCUGGUGCGUCGACGAGACUGACCCUACACCCCCCUCGUGGCAAUGCCGUCGCCUCUGCAAUCCUCAAAAGACCCCGUGGCCGCCGUGUCACUGUCCCCGGAGAUGUCAUGCCACCGUUCGAUCCCGACUCCCCCAUCGCAAGUACUGAAGUCUCGGAUUGGGAAUCUCCACCACCUUCACCUCCACGCCCAGUUCUCAAGCUCAAACAACCUAAGCCAUCGGCACCACCAAAGAACUCGAAACAAAGACCUCCGCCACUUGACGAAAAGACUCGUGAAUCUCGAGAAGCAACUGAGCCUUACCACAAGCCAACCCCUCCGCCUGAAGAUGCUGAGAUCGGAAGCAAGUGGAGACCGUGGACGCACCUGACUGAGUUCGAGAUGUACAAGCUUCGGAAGAAGAUGAAGAAAAACCAUGCUUGGGAGCCUAGCGAUGUUAUGAUCAGACGCGAAUUGGCAGACCGUGGCAGAGGUUGGGACAAUUACUACCGGGCAAAGGCAGAAGCCCAGGCGAAUGGGACCAGGUUCAUCGACAUCGAUAGCAUCGAAAAAUUGACCCCGAAAGCUGAGAGGCCUGACAAGCCGGAAAAUCUUGAUCAAGUUGAAAGCGUGGAAAAGCCAGACACGUCGGAGACAGUGGGAAAGGUUGAGGAGGUGGACGUCCCAGCGCCAGCGCCAGCGCCAGAGCCCGAGGCUCUGGAGAAGUCUGAAGAGUCUGCCGCUGCCGCUACCGUUGCCACCACCGCUGCCACCACCGCUGCCGCCAGUGGGACGCCUGCCCCAAAAAGCAAAUCAUCAAAGAAAAAUGAAAAGAAAGAGAAGAAGCCUGAUCCUGCGCGGUCGCAAGCAGCACUCGCAGCCCAAGAGGCUGAACUUGCCGCCCGAAGACUAGGAGAUAUUGGCUCCAAGUUUCGCACUCUGUUCACAACUCCAUUCACCUCAGCCCUUGCGUCGCUAAGCCGAAGUGCCAGUACCCCGAUCGCUAACCGGCCAACUACGACAGGGAAAAAGGGUACAGAAAAGACGUCCAAGAAGCGAAAAGCAGAGGACACGCCAACCUCAUCGGUCUCCCCGUCAGCAGAGCCAGAAGCGGCAAGGAAAAAGCAAAAGAUUGCGCCUAAGCCGUCGCCUCUUGCGGCCAGUCCCAUCCCAGUCGCAGCUCCUACAUCCCCUGCCGCUACGAGCAGCGAACCUCCUCCUUCCAUCAGUACAGGAUCCAUCAAAAUUCCACUGAAACUCAAUGUGGCUGCUGCGGUUGCAGCUCCAACCCCGGGAGUAGCUUCUGCGAGUGCAAGCAAGACACCAACCCCUGCACCGACGACCCGUGCUGCCAGUGUCCAGCGCAGCUCAGUCGCACCAAAACCAGAGGGUACGCCGCCAGCAUCAACAGCAACAUCCUCUCGACCUCCCUCACGACGCUCCGGCGCCGCUUCUGUGGAGCCUCAGUUGUCUGCUGCAAGAUCUAGCCGACGGGCAUCCAUGACACCUUCUCUCGCAGGAGGGCAGAAGACACCCGCCGAAAAAGAAGCACAAGGACCGAGUCCGAAAGCGAUCGCCACAGUUCCCACAGCAGCGAGCCACCGUAGCAAAAGAGACGCGCCGGGGAUGGUGACGCAGUCGAGUCAAGAUGGAGGCGCUGCUGUCAGCGUGAGCAAGCGCAAGACCAAGCCGGCCAAGAAGACGUCGUCCACAGCGCAGAUACCCCAGAUCAGGAUCGACGUUGAUGGAAGGCAAGAAAUUGUGGAUCCAGACGAGGAGCGAUAUUGUCUCUGUGGCGAUGUCAGUUGGGGGGAGAUGAUAUGCUGUGAGAUGGACGAGAAGUGUGACUACGGUCAAUGGUUCCACAUGGAAUGUGUAUCUCUGGUGGAAUUGCCUCCCCGUACCGUGAAAUGGUACUGUCCUGGUGACAGGAAGAAAUAUCACAAGGGCGAAACGACUAACGGGCUUGUGGGAAGGGGGAUCAAGUGAAUAUCGCCUGGAGGUGGGAUGAACGAAGUCUUGAGAGAUGAAUACGCAAGCACCAUGAGAGGCAUCAUGUUACUAUUCAAGCACUCUCCGGAGCUACCGCUGUCUGUAUUGGCAACGAGACUUGCUGGCUGCAAAGACACCAUCACUUGUGGUAGCUAUUAGCUGGCCACAACAUCCGGGUGUGAGAUUCUGCACGAUCGGCAUGUUCAUAGUGGUGAUAGGUCCAUUACCAACACCGACGCCAACAUCAACUCUAUUCAUGCAUAUCAUCCCGUGACUGUAUAGUAAGAGCAGGUGUUCGCAUUUCAGUAGUGCCUUGCUCCCCAAUCGAAGGGGGCGAAGUCAUUGCAUCAAGACACCUAUGGAGGUAUGGAGAUGGGG